CCAGGCUUAUCCCUGUGUCUGUGCUCUGGGAACUCCUCCAAUGGGAUUUUGAGGGAUAGUUGAGUGCCUUCCCCACCCCAAGACUAGGGCUCCCCAGUGAUCAAACUGUGCCCCUCACCUCAGACUGGGGGAACUCAAAGAUAAACCCUUGACUCUUCUCUGUCACUAGGGCUCUUGGAGGACAAAGCUGGGCUCCCUAAGAAUGAUUUUUCUCUUCCCUCUGAAGGCUCUGAGUGAGAAUAUCGACCCCAAAUCCCAGUGAAAGCUAUAAUGGGCUGGGGACAGUGGCAUAUGCUUGGCAGCUUGACAUCACUCAGCCAAAGAAAACACCAGGCCGAUAUAAGCCCCGCGGGGAAAGCGCUGAGCAGAGGCCGCAUCUCCACCUACAGCAGUCGUGUCCUCGGGACUGCCUGCACCUUCCAUCUCCUGCUCAUCUCGCCUUGGGAGCUAUCGCUAUGGUGACCGUGCGCAGGCCGUCGCCCGCUACGGUCGCAGUGCUGCUGGCCCUCCUCGCCUGCUUGGGAGCGCUGGUCGACGCCUACCCCGCCAAACCCGAGGCCCCGGGCGAAGAUGCCUCCCCGGAGGAGCUGAGCCGCUACUACGCCUCCCUGCGCCACUACCUCAACCUGGUCACCCGGCAGCGGUACGGGAAACGCGACAGCUCGGACGCCCUUUUCUCCAAGCUGCUGUUCCCCGACGUCGAUGACCGCCCUGUCAGGUCGCGGUAAAAGCGUUCCUCUUACCACACACGGGCCUCUGGAGCAUGGCCCGGCCCACCGGACCUCGCCCUGGCACCCUCACUUAAGACUUGCCCGGGCCUCGGCCUCGGCGCUCCAGACGCGAUUCCUUCCCCUUCCCUCCUGUGGGCCAGAGGAGCCUACCCGUGCAGAAGACCCCAAGGCCUCCGGGGAGCUAUGCUAACUACACUCACAUCAUGUGCAUAUUUGGUUCUGGGUAGGGCCCUCCGGCCACUUCUCUGUGUCCCCCGGUAUCGUAUCGGGGCCUGAGGGCUGUGUGUGGUCCAUCCCUUGUCCCCAAAUAAAGAGCAAA